AUGGUCGAUGUUUUAUUCAUCAAAGCUAGAAACCGGGGUGUAUCUCUGCAACCAAGGUCUGCGAGGUGUCUAUCUGCCAACUAUCACAAGGAGAGUAAUGCCUGUGAAUUAAAUGACAAGACGAUCCACGAUGACGCUGGGACGGUGCCUGUUGCUGACAGUGGCUGGGUGUAUCUUAAUCCUGAGUUAGGCCCACCACAAUCACCAGCCAUUUUAUUCAUAAACACCACGUGGCUUCACACCAUAACGGUCACCUGGGUGGCAGGCGAUGAUGGCGGCUUUGACCAAACUUUUACCCUAGACAUUAAAGAGGCUAGUGAUGACGACAGUAGCUUCGUCACCAAACUGACCAUGGCCGAUCCAGGUCACCGCAGUAAUGUGACGUCAGUUUUAGCAAAUCUGACCAAGGGCGUUACUUACACAUUAAGGCUGACGUCAUCCAAUACAAAACCCAUCGGAAUCAAUAGUUCUUCUGUUGCAUCUAAUUUCACAAUUGAUGGAAGGGACUGCGCAGAGCUCUAUAAGAGUGGCGAGGUAAGAAGUGGAGUUUACCAGAUUCACCCAGGGAACAGCGCAGAUCCCUUCGGCGUUUACUGUGACAUGACUACUGACGGAGGGGGAUGGACGUUGUUCCAGAAGCGCAUGGAUGGUUCCGUGGAUUUCUACAGAGGCUGGAAUGACUACAAACACGGCUUUGGGACACUGAGCGGGGAACACUGGCUAGGCAAUGACAAGAUACAUCUUCUCACUACCCAAGAUAUCUAUGAGCUACGCGUGGACAUGGAGGACGUCUCGGGUGUUUGGGCCUAUGCCUGGUACGCUAACAUGAGUAUCUCAUCGGAAACGACGAACUAUCAGCUUAUGGUGGGGACGUAUUCUGGAGACGCAGGCGAUGACCUCACCUUUCACAGCGGACAUCCUUUCUCCACUAAAGACAGGGAUAAUGAUGCCAGGGAACAUGGAAGUUGUGCGCAGGCUUUCCAGGGAGCUUGGUGGUAUGUUAAUUGCCAUGCAUCCAAUUUGAACGGUCGGUAUCUCCUAGGCAACCAUGCUUCAUUCGCUGAUGGUGUUAACUGGUACCUUUUUCGGGGGCAUCAGAAUUCCCUGAAGACCACCGAGAUGAAGAUUCGUCCUGUUCAUUUUUAGUCGAGCUCUGAAG